UCUAAACGCAAAGAGAAAGAUGUCAGAAGCCGCUCCAGCUCCGGCUCCAGCCGCCGCCAAGGUUAAAGCGGUCAAGAAGAAGGUCGUGAAACCGAAGGCCGCCGGCCCCGGCGUCAGUGAGCUCAUCGUGAAAGCCGUGUCCGCGUCCAAGGAGCGCAGUGGCGCGUCAGUGUCCGCCCUCAAGAAGGCUCUGGCUGCCGGAGGCUACGAUGUGGAGAAGAACAACUCCCGCGUCAACACCACCAUCAAGAAGCUGGUGGUCAGCGGGACCCUGGUCCAGACCAGGGGAACCGGGGCCACGGGCUCGUUCAAGAUGAGCAAGAAGGUGGACACCAAGGUCCAGAAGGCGGUGAAGAAGGCCGCUCCCAAAGCGAAGAAGCCCGCCGCCAAGAAACCUGCAGUGGCUAAAAAGCCCAAGGCAGCCAAGAAGCCAGCAGCCGCUAAAAAGUCCCCGAAGAAGGUGACGAAACCAGCAGCGGCCAAGAAGGUGGCGAAGAGCCCGAAGAAGGUGGCGAAGAGCCCCAAGAAAGUGGCAAAGAGCCCCAAGAAGAUGGGGAAAAAGGCGCCUGCUGCAAAGAAAUCCCCCGCGAAGAGGGUCGCCAAGCCCAAAGCGAAGAAGACAGCAGCCAAGAAGAAGUGAGCUGUCCUCACUGCGAUACAUGUCCAUCCUGGUAAAAGGCUCUUUUAAGAGCCACACAAGUCUAUCCACAAAGAGCUGAGUCCUCAUCAUUCACCACCACUGUUAAGAAAUAUGUAGAGACAGAGUUCUUAGGUAUAGGGAGUCAAGUUGGUUAGACAAAUAUGAAAUGUCUUUCUGACAAUGUUAAGAUGUAGGAGUUAGUUCAUAUAAAAACGUCAAAUAGUAUAAAGCAUAGUCUAGACUCUGUGUGAAGGAGUAGCCGACUCCUACUGACACACACACACACACACACAUACAUCAUGUAACAUGAUGUUCAGCGGUAUCCGAUUUACUUCAUAUACCACACUUCCUAAAGAUUGUGCCCCUGUUGUUAUAUUUAUCGUAGUUUUCUCGUGUCUUUCUUUGCUCAAUAUAUAAGUGACAGCUGCUUAGAAAUCACAUCAUAUAACCACACUGUACUGUAGUAGCAUCAGGCAGCCAGCAGAUGGAGCUGCUCUCCAAAUUAUAGGAGUUGGAACAACGUCCCAUACCAGACGAACUCUCGUCCGUGUCCUGUCAGAAGCUUUCUUUUCCAGUAGCUCAGCUUCUCCUGUUUUAUUGCAGCUACGUGUUGACUCAUCAAAAUGAGCUCUGUAGCUGCAUCACCUUGAUCAGUGGCUGUCAUUAAACUAAAGUCUUGAUGAACUCUCACCAGACACUGCAACACCAACAGACGGAAAGUCACAAGGUUAAGUUUACUCAAAGGGAGUAGAAGUGUUUUUGUCCAGGUGAUGUUUUUCUCAGAUUUAUUUUUAAAACACCGAGUACAUUUUUCAGAGUAUAAUUCAGAAAAACCAAGCUCUUUUAAUCCUGUUUCAGGACCAUGGACAGAGCUGUUGGUUUUGUUUAGGAGCUGCACUUCAACAGUUUGAUGCUCUUGAUGGAUGUUGUUUAGCAGAGUGCA